GACCGAGAGCAGAAAAGUGGAAGACCAUAGCAGAGCGGUUGUUCGCCGGGAUCGGGCUCAGUCGGCCACGCUGUUGACGCUAGGACGUGUGCGCCAGGCGCGCGUGCGCAAGACGGGAGUUGCGGCGGGCGGCGCGUGGCAUUCUGAAAUGUGGUCAGUGUUGGAAAAGAUGCCAGCUCCAGCCACUACAUAUGAAAGAAUAGUUUACAAAAAUCCCUCUGAGCACCACUAUAUGAAAGUGUGUCUAGAAUUUCAAGACCAUGGGGUUGGACUGAAUGUUGCACAGUUCAAACAGCUGCUUAUUUCAGCCUUGAAGGACCUGUUUGGGGAGGUUGAUGCAGCCUUACCCUUGGACAUCCUGACCUACGAAGAGAAGACCUUGUCAGCCAUCUUGAGGAUAUGUAGCAGUGGUCUUGUAAAAUUGUGGAGCUCUUUGACUCUGUUGGGAUCCUAUAAAGGCAAGAAAUGUGCUUUCAGAGUGAUUCAGGUUUCUCCAUUUCUUCUUGCCUUAUCUGGUAACAGUAGGGAACUAGUGUUGGAUUGAAUAGUCUUCAAUGUCAGAAACAUUCCUCCGCUCUCAAAAGGUACUUUUUGAUGCCAGAAUCACAUCUGAAGAUUGAAGCA